AUGCACUCCAAGAAUAUCCUUCACCGCGACCUGAAGCUUGAGAACAUUCUCAUUCAGGGGCAGCACGACCUCAACGGCUACAGGCUGUACGAGGUCAGAAUAACCGAUUUUGGCUCUUCGAAUGUCUCGGACGGGGGGACCUCAUUCGCAAAGGGCCCCGUAGGGACGCCUCCCUACAUGGCUCCGGAACUGCUGUUGGGUGGCGAGCAUGGUCCUGCCGUUGAUCUGUGGAGCCUCGGGGUGGCUCUCUUCGUGAUGCUCAACGGCUACUUUCCCUUUCGGGAAACUGCGCAGAAGUCAUGGACCUUCACUGCAGAUCACUUCGAUCACCUCACCGAGGAGGCGAAGGACAUCAUUAGCUCCCUCCUCCGAUACGAUCCCGCGGAGAGGUUGAGCCUGAAGGGCUGUCGUGCACAUCCCUGGUUGCAGGGUGAAGCUGUAGACCUCUAA